AUGCAGGAGAUGGUUCUUGGCGAUCAGUCAAUGGAAGUUGUUGAGAAAGGUGUAGGUGACUCUCAUAUCUCUUGUGGGGGUUCAACUGAAAGACCUUCCUCUCUUUCCGGUCUUCAAGAGAAUAGAGGGAAAGACAUGGGAUCCGUCUCCGGAGGGUCCGUCUUCCACCUCCUCCCCCGGGCAGCACAAGUCGAGUAUGGACGAAUCUUCUACGGCUUCCUUGCUUAUCUCACUAUCAUCCAACUGAUCAAUGCAAUUGGAGGGGAAUCGCUUGCCCAUCUUCUUCCUUACCUCAUUGAAAGGGCUUCCCCAAGGGUUGUUCAUAAAGUGGAGUGCAGCGAAGAGCUGAGGAGUUUAAACAAAGAGUGGCUCGGCCUCUUGUGA